GGAGGAGGGGGGAACCGUCGGUUUCCGCCAUCCCUCCCUUGGGUUGCGGUGUCGAAGAGAGCGGAGUGGGGAGGAAGGGUGGACUUUGCCGGGGGUUUGGUUGGUUUUUUUCGGCUUCAGAGAUGGUGUCGCUGCUGCCGCGCAUCGAGCGGCUGUCGUCGCGGGUGGUGCGUGUGCUGGGCUGCAACCCGGGGCCCAUGACUCUGCAGGGCACCAACACCUAUCUGGUGGGCACCGGACCCAGAAGAAUCCUUAUUGACACCGGGGAGCCAGCCAUUCCUGAAUACAUUGGCUGUUUGAAGCAGGCGCUCUCAGAGUUCAACGUCUCGAUUCAAGAAAUCCUCGUGACGCACUGGCAUCGGGAUCACACCGGGGGAAUACCCGAUAUCUGCAAAAACAUCCCUGCUGACUCUGAAUAUCGCAUCUGUAAGCUUCCUCGAGUGCCUGACCGUGAGGAAACAAUAGAAGGAGGACAGAAAUAUUUUUAUCUUAAAGACGGAGAUGUGGUACAGACAGAGGGAGCCACGCUCAGAGUUCUAUAUACUCCUGGACACACUGAUGAUCAUAUGAUUUUACAUCUGGAAGAAGAAAAUGCUGUAUUUUCCGGUGACUGUAUUUUAGGGGAAGGAACGACAGUAAUUGAAGACCUGUAUGAUUACAUGAAAACUUUGAAAAGAUUGUUAGAAAUGAAACCAGAUUUAAUAUAUCCAGGUCAUGGCCCAGUAGUUCGUGAUGCAAAUGCCAGAAUCCAGAGCUACAUUUCUCACCGAAACGCACGUGAGCAGCAAAUUCUAAAUGUUUUCCAGAAGAAUGCUGGAAAAUCAUAUACGUCCUCGGAGCUUGUAAAGAUAGUCUACCAGGAGAUCCCUGAAAAUUUACUUCUAGCAGCAGAAAGUAACCUCCUAGUCCACUUGAAGAAGUUGGAAAAAGAAGGAAAAGUGUGUAAGUUGUGGAUGGAGGGGUGGAUGGAGGGUCAUUCAUUUUGA